AAUGUAUGGAAUAAGGACGGUGGACAGCUGCUUCAUAAAAGGACAUUGAGUUUGGCGGAGGUUAGCAAUCUGUUGGGUGAAAAGGGACUCAGUGCAGUCUGUGCCGUGUCCCGUGUCGAACGUGCUCUCGUCACUAAAGGUGAGCUUGAUUUGACUCGAGGGUCUUUGCGGUGCCAGCGCGCGUAACGAAUCACGACGACCUGCUCAGCUUUGUUCCAAAACAAUAGAAGCUCUGCGAAUCGACGAAAACGACGCGAAAACGAUACACUCAUCGCCCCUCUUGUGAUCAAGCCUUUGCUGUUCCGCUUCGAUACAAUUUAUCGUAAUCUUCGAAAAAUGACUUCAUCUGCUGUUCCCGGCAAAAAAGAUACCCGGUUUGCUCCACAGCCCGCUAACAACCAACAGUUUUUUAGGCGAGAACGCAGCUUUGUCCUGCAACGUCCCUCACAGAAUGGGCCAGCAGGAAAUCAUUUCCAGCAACGAGAGCGCAGUUUCAUUCGUGAUGGAAACCGCCCGGCUGCCGGCAACUCUUCGAAUGCUUUUCCAAAUGCUAUGGGAAGCAAUAAUAGCAAAGCACGCGGUGGCUCUCAUCACAAUGGGAACAAUGGGCCAGCAUCGGCAUCCGCCGGGAGGGGUGGCAAACCCAAUAUGGAAAUUUAUCGUCCACCAAGCAUGCGAAGUGGUGAAAUUCCAGCCGGCGGAAAGGGACAAUCGAAUCAGAACUCUCCCGAUCAUCAGCCCCCACGUCUUACCAAAAGCCGAACUUCACUCGAACUAAAUAAUAAUAGCACAAGAGUGGCUAAUAAAGUGGCACAACAAGGCUCUGCUACCGUUACUUCGAUCACGAUACAACAGCAACCGGUUAAAGAAGUGACCGCAUCACCGUCGGGUCAGUUCGUGCUGCAGAGAUCGAAAAGCAGCGGAUCGCAUCUUACUCUGCAACAACAAAAAGUGCCCGUACCGAAACCGACGUCAUCAGUCACGACGCCUAAAGGCACCAAUUUAGAAUUACCCGAUAUCAGUUCGUUUCCCGAAGCAGCUCAAGUUUUACUUCGGAAAAUAUCCGUUGAUCCAGAUGCAGCUAAUAGCCGCUCAGUCAUGGAGGCUGUAAAAACGUUGGUCAGUCGAAUGUUAGAAUCAUCUCGUUACGCUUCUCCUAUAGCUCGUUACUGUUCAUAUGUCAUAGAGAAAGAAACAAAAGAAACUUUUAGAGAAAGCUUACUCAACACAUGUCAAGAGUUGUUCCAGGAACGUGAUCGAUUGUUGAGAACAGCGUCGGAGUCUUCUCAGCGUUGGGUGGCCUUUAUAAAUUUUCUUAACGAAAUGUAUUUGCAGUUGAAACGACGCAAUUUCAACACCAAAGCUAAAUCUAGUUCGACAAGACUGUCUCCAGAUUUGAUUCUGCUUUCUUUGCUGGCUGAAAGCUGCUGUGCUACACUCAGACAGCCAUCAUCACAAUCUCUUCAAGAGCUGGAAUGUCUGUUUUUUGUUCUGACGGGCAUUGGCCGAGAUGUCGAAACAGAACUUCCCAGCAAAAUGUCUGCCAUAUGGAAUGCAAUUCGAGAUGCGUUCCUCGAAAUGAAUUCAUUGCCAGGAGCAGCUCAGCGCACUUUGCUGCAACUGGUUGAACUUAGGGCGGCUAAAUGGCAACUUCCUGCCACUGCUGUCACAUACUACUAUCCAUCCGUCUCGGGAUCGGCCUAUUGAUCCCCAACUGAAUUGCCAUGGCUGUGUUGAAUCACACGGCAACAAACAGAAAGUUUUUUUUUAUCCCUUAAUUACUACGAUUGGAAUUUCUCAAAUUUUUAUUCCUACGUUUUCACUGUUUUUUAUGCUUUAAACGGGGAUAAUCAGUCGUCCUUCGUUAAUUUGAUAUAUAGCAAUAAAAACAAUCAAGUCAAUAUUAUAUGUAAACCUCCUUUUGGAAUUCCGUAAAUUUCGGCUUGUGUAAAAAGGCCAUCACUUUCAUUCAUAGUCCUUGCACUACUGUUUCUCAUGGAGUGUUUAGUUUGAUUUCAGGUACCACAAACUAUGGUGUCCUGGUUGACCUAUAAUCUGAUGUAAAGUGAUACAUUUGGGCUAUAAUAAACUUUUAAUCCAAAAA